AUGAGUCUUAAAGUCAAGGAAGAAAUCCAGAAACAACUCGACGCCAACUUCAUAAAACCAAUUAAGCAUCCGGAGUGGUUGGCUAACGUGGUAGUUGUACCUAAAAAAGAUGGAAGAGUCCGAGUUUGCAUCGACUUUAGAGAUCUAAAUGCUGCAUCACCAAAAGAUUAUUUUCCCCUUCCUCACAUUGAUGUUUUAGUGGAUAGUACUGCAGGACACGCAAUGUUCUCAUUCAUGGAUGGAUUCUCAGGAUACAAUCAAAUACUCAUGUCAGCAAAUGACAUGCCCAAGACAUCGUUUAUCACUCCUUGGGGAACCUUCUGUUAUAGAGCGAUGCCAUUUGGUUUGAAAAACGCAGGAGCCACUUAUCAGCGAGCUGCGACAACAAUACUGCACGAUCUUAUCCAUAACACUGUUGAAGUCUAUGUCGAUGCCAUGAUCGUCAAAAGCCACGAUCGAGGAAAUCACGUAGAAGAAUUGAAGUCUUUCUUUGACCGAAUAAGGAAGUACAACCUGAGAUUGAACCCACAGAAAUGUAUGUUUGGUGUAACGUCGGGAAAACUUUUGGGAUUUGUAGUAAGCCAAGACGGCAUCAAAGUAGACUCCGACAAGGUAAAAGCCAUACAAGAACUACCUCCUCCUAAAACGGAAAAAGAAAUCCGAGGUUUUCUGGGCAGAAUUCAAUAUAUCAGCAGAUUUAUAUCUCAACUAACAACAAGGUGUGAGCCUAUAUUUAAGUUGCUGAAAAAGAACGUUCCCAAAAAGUGGAAUGACGAAUGUCAGGCUUCAUUUGAUUCAAUGAAGGAAUAUCUUUCAAACCCGCCGGUUUUGAUGCCACCCAAACCCGGCCAACCUCUAAUAUUAUACCUCACAAUCACGGAAACGGCCAUGGGAGCACUUUUAGCUCAAUAUCAAGAAGGAACAAAAAAGGAAGUAGCUAUUUACUACCUCAGCAAAAAGUUUCUGGAAUAUGAAACUAGAUACACCGCUGGAACGGGCUUGCAUCGCCCUCAUAUAUGCCACAAAAAAGCUACGACAUCAUCUACAAGCCCACACCACGUACCUUAUCUCCAGACUCGAUCCCAUCAAUCUGUGAAAGGAAGAGCCAUAUCCGAGGCAUUGGCUGAUGGGCCCAUAUCAGGCGACGAAUUUGAUGAUGAUUUUCCUGACGAGAACAUAUUCACCAUUAAUGUAUCGAAAUGGAAAAUGUACUUUGAUGGGGCAUCCAAUAGAAAAGGAAACGGCGCUGGAGUAUUGUUAAUAGAUCCCCAUGGGAUACACAUACCUUUUGCUGUGAAACUCGGUUUCCCAACCACAAACAAUACAGCCGAAUAUGAAGCUUGUAUCUAUGGAAUCAAAGCUUCCCUAGCAGCGGGGGCAAAACAUCUCACCGUGUAUGGUGAUUCAAAUCUUAUCAUAUCCCAGACGAUUGGGGCAUGGAGAGUUCGGGAUGAAAGAUUGCAAAUGUAUAGUGAUUAUGUACAACAAUUCAUCCCAUAUUUUGAUGAUAUUGAUUUCAAGCAUCUUCCUCGUGAGCAAAAUAACUUUACAGAUGCUUUAGCUAACUUAGCAGUAAAUUUAACUUGGGAAGAGAACGUGAAAAUCCAAUCAGUGAAGAUCGUGGAGAAUGAAUUUCCCGUGAUUGAAUUUGAAAACAUGAUCGCCUUGUUAAUACAAGAAGAUGAAGAAGAUCCUUGGUAUAUAGAUAUAAAGAAAUUUUUAAUCGAAGGACAAUACCCUGAAGGAAGUCACAAGAAAGAUCGAUUAGCCAUUCGAAGACUAGCAGCUCAUUUCAUAAUGUUAAAAGAGCAAUUGUAUCAUAAAGGUUUUGAUGGAAUUCCACAACUAUGUAUUUAUGGAGAACAGACACAAAGGAUCAUGAAGGAAGUUCACAGAGGAGAAUGUGGACCGCACAUGAAUGGAAGGAUGCUUGCUCGAAAAAUUCUUCGGGCUGGAUACUAUUGGACUACUCUCGAAAGUGAUUGUGUACAUUUUGUAAGAGCCUGCAAGAAGUGUCAAAUCUUUGCAAAUGUCAACCAUAUGCCACCUGUAUCAUUGAAUAACCUUACUUCACCAUGGCCGUUUUCAAGCUGGGGGAUAGAUAUCAUCGGGCAAAUCCACCCAAAAGCCUAA